AGAAAGAGGAAAAUAGUUCGUAAAAAUGUCAAUAAUGAAAGUGGUACUACUAUAUUAUCUCUAAUAACUUACUAUCUCACUUUAUUUGUUUGUUUUUUGAUUGGAACCUUAAUUUGUACUUAGCUAGUUGUUCUUUUUUACUUUAUUUUUAUAGACGUAGUUCCUAUUUUUUCUUUAUUUUCUCUUUUUAUUUAGGGAACCUCUUGAUAAUGAAAAGUAGGAGGUCACAUUGCCAGAGAUUGAGAAUGUUCAACUGGUCUUCUUGCUUUUUCCGUUUAGCUUUUCUUCAACUUUUAAAUUAUACAAAGAGUUCCGUCAGGAAUAUAUUUCAGUCAGUAGCCCGGAUGUAGUGUGAAAUAAGAAAGGUAAUCUUUGUUUGUGCUGAAUAUUUAUCUUUCUUUGUUAUUUAGGAAAACUUCUAAGAAUAAGAACAAUAACAAAAAGACAAAUAAGGAGGAUUGUGCCAAAAGAAGGUACAUUAACAGUAAAUCUACGAAGUACAAAAUUAGAAAUAUGUAGGAAGAAUUUAAUUUCUUUAAUGAAGAUAUCGUGUCACAUUGAAGUCACCAAAUAUUAUAUUUUGUUGUUCCACUUCAAAAUUAGGGGCAGAGUCAAGGCAGAUCUGCAAGCUAAGUGCUCCAUCUCGUGUAUGAAACAUUUUAUGAAUGCUAUAAAGGAAAAUGAUGGACAGUUAAAUGCUCUGAAAAGUACAAUGUUUGUGCAUUAUCUCGACAUACCAGGGCGUUCUAUUAGUUUAAGUUUAAUUGAGCAGCUGGCUAAGAGGUUUGACAUCCGUUUUCAAUCGUUUGAUAUUGGAGGUUCUAGAAUGUCAUUUUGUAGGAAGGAGGUGCAGGAUUGCCUUGGGUUUCAGACUAAAGAUUUGAUAAGCAAAUAAUACCUCGCCGAGGAGAAGAAGCGGCAAACGUGUUGGCCAAUCGUCUGUCAUCUCGUCGUUGGAUGUGCUUAUGUGCUGUUCGGAUGUGUUUCCGACAUUCUGCUAUUUCGGUGAUUCUCCCCCAACAUAAUCCAAGAGAGUGCAAGCGUCACACAUUCUUAGCUGUUUAGAUAACAAUAAUAAUCCAGUGAAUGAUGAUAAUUCUAUGAACUAAUAAAUUUCAGAUACAACUAGAGGAAUAUCAUUGUGAGUUUGUGUAGUAUUGAAUUUGACAAAACCAAAGUCUGGCUUAUUUUGUCCGAGCUCCUAGUGUCAACUUUAUCAUAGGUGAUAAUGGCAGCUUUAGAGACUACAACAUUUAGACUGGUACUCAAUUUCAGCCUUCGGUCAGCUAACGCCUGUCAAAAUACUCAAAAUAAAUAGAUAAAAAUGAGCUGCAUAUCUUACCCAAAUUAUGGGCCGAACAUUCAUUUGAGAUUAAUUUGGUUCUGAUCUCCAACAGUGACAGACAUCUUUGCAAAUAGGUGACCUUCCCUUCUUUAAAUCUCCCAACAUAGAGAAUUAAGAAAUCAUAGAUAGCCUUUCCCCAAUUAUGUUUCUCAAAUUCAUCCAUUGAACUACCAAAGUACAUCAGGGGCCAAAAUGACAACUCCAUUUUGGUUUGUGGAAAGAAAAAAAUAGAGAACAUGCAGCAUAUACAUAGUCUCAAAAAAUCAUCCUUCCAACCGUCAGCAUUCAUGGGAAAAGUUCUAAUUUUAUCGAGGGCACCCGUCCUUGAGAGUUUUCUUAAAUCAAGAUCAGGAAAAUAUUUUUUGAGUACUAAAGUUGACUGUUCGAUAUUUUUAUCACUCAAGCCAUGAAUGUCAACGUUUUUGCCCACACAUUGGAAGCCAAGGCAAUCCUGCACCUCCUUAAUACAAAAUGACAUUUUAGAACCUCCAAUAUCAAAUGAUUGAGAACAGGUGUCAAACCUCUUAGCCAGCUGCUCAAUUAAACUUAGACUAAUAGAACGCCCCGGUAUGUCGAGAUAAUGUACAAAUAUUGUGCCUUUCAGAGCAUUUAACUGUGCAUAAUUUUCCUUUAUAGCAUCCAUUAAAUGUUUCAUACACGAGAUGGAGCACUUAGUUUGCAGAUCUGCCUUGACUCUGCCCCUAAUUUUGAAGAGGAGCAACAAAAAAUAAUAUUUGGUGACUUCAAUGUGACAUGAUACCUUCAUUAAAUAAGUAAUUAAACUCUUCCUACAUAUUUCUAAUUUUGUACUUCGUAGAUUUACUGUUAAUGUACCUUCUCUUGGCACAAUCCUCCUUAUUUGUCUUCAUGUUGUUGUUCUUCUUCUUAGAAGUUUUUUCUGGAUAACAAAGACAGGUAAAUAUUCAGCACAAACAAAGAUUACCUUUCUUAUUUCGCACUACAUUCGGGCUGACAUACUGAAAUAUAUUUCUGACAGAACUUUUUGUAUAGUUUAAAAGUUAAAGAAAAGUUAAACAGAAGAAACAAAAAGACCAGUUGAACAUUCUCAAUCUCUGACAAUGUGACCUAUUUCUUUUCAUUAUCAAGAGAUUCCCUAGAUAUUAAAGAGAAAACAAAGAAAAAAUAGGAACUACGGCUAUAAACAAUAAAGUAAAAAAGGAACAACUAGUUCAACACAAAUUAAGGUUCCAAUAAAAAAACAAACAAAUAAAGUGAGAUAGCAAGUUAUUAGAGAUAAUAUAGCAGUACGACUUUCAUUAUUGACAUUUUUACGAACUAUUUUGCUUUCUUUUCUACCUUGUCUCGUCUCCAGAAGCCACUCUUCCCCUUCCGGCGUCAUCAUCCCGCAACCUAGAAGAGAGGAGAAAGAAAAUGAUUCAACAGAUAUAAAGCUGAGAAAAAUAUGCACCCACAUGUUUUUAUGAAACGACUAAAUACAGUUCUGGAAGUACUUUUGCAUAUUUAGAUCUUGAGGAGGCCAAGUGUUCUAUGAUGAUCUCCCACAUAUCAUGUGCACGUGAUACUCUUAUUAUGUGUGACGGAAACAUUGGGCAACGACUAUAUAAAAAUCAUAAGCUACAGCUAAAUGUUAUUGGGUGAAAACUCUCUUUUUAAAUAUGUGUUAGCUACAGGCUAAAUCAUAUGCUAGAUAGAAAUAUAGGACAACCUUUCCUUCAUCAUUCCGACUUCCAUAACCAUAUUCCCUGUGUCAUUAAGCGAAAACCGUCACUAUCUUUAUCUACAUGAAGAUCUCCCCCAAUAAAGAUAAGUUGGUCGCAGACACUUAGUUUUAGCUUCUGUAUCUAAUCCAAUUUGUGGAGCAUAAAAAACUAAAAACAUUGAUCGUCUCAUACCCUAACCUCAACUUGCUUUAAAGAUUGCCGAUUAUGAUUGAGAUGGUGGUGGUAGGUGGUUAUAGUUAUUAAUGGUGGUUGGUGGUAGUAGUUGUGACUGAGGAAGGUGUUGGUGGGUGGUAGUAGUUUAUAAUGAUGGGCAGUGCCACUAUUUUUGUUUGAUGGUGAUGAGUAGUUGUGGUAGUUGAGGCGGAUGAGUGGAUGGUGGUUGGAAUCGUGGAUGGUUGUAGUUGAUAAUGGUGGCGGCUAUGAUUGAGUAUGAUGGUGGUGGUGGUUGAGUAUGGUGGUAGUGAGUGGCGUAGUGGUAGUUGAUAAUGGUAGGCGGUAGCGACAGUAAUAAUGAAUGUGGAUGAUAGCAUCUUAAUGAAAUUAAGUCUUUGUUAUAGAUCUUAAUCGUAAAGACCUAUUCAGAUCCAUUAAGUGGUUGUAAAGUAAAAAAAACACACACUUAAUAAUUAAAUCUGAAUAAUAAGAUUCAGACUUUAAAAACAAACACACUUAAUUUCUGAGAUCUCUAGGCCACCUCAAUCUUAAACAUCCAAGGGUGAACGAAAGAUUGCCAUUAACUAGUCUUGAUCAUCUCCAACAUCGCUAUUGAUGACUUCUUUCUCAUUCGACUGCGGAAAUCUUGGGGUCAAACUCCUGAUGCUACCGUAAAUGGCAUCAAAAGCUCACUGACCAUGUGUUUUGAACUUCAAUGGAGGUCCCUACAAAGACCCAGAAUGUGGUUGCUCGGUCUAGUGCAGGAGUAGAAUAUUGAGCAAUGGCUUGGCAACAUGUGAGCUAGUUUGGAUCAAACAAUUGCUCAAGGAUUUAAAAUUUGGUGAAAUUAGCUAUAUGAACUUGUGUGCGAUAAUCAAGCUAUCCUUCAUAUUGCAUCAAAUCUGGUGUUCCAUGAGAGAACUAAACACAUUGAGAUUGACUGCCACUCCGUCAGAGAAAAGAUACUCUUAGGAGAUAUUGCUAUAAAGUUUGUGAAGUUGAAUGAUCAGCUUACAGAUACUUUCACCAGGUCCUUCGCUAGUCCUCGUAGUAGUUACAUAUGUAACAAGCUCGAUAGAUAUGAUUUGUAUGCAUCGGCUUCUGGGUGAGUGCUAGAUAAUUAGAUGUUAUGUAAAUAAGCGAAGUCCUACAUGAAAUAGGAGUACCGUAAAUAUUGUAUAUUGUUAUAAAUAGGGAUUCUUGUAUUAUAGUUAAGGUACAUCAACAAUAUAAUUUUCCCGUGAGAAAUUGUGUAUUCUUUCUCACAGUAUACAUCAAAUUAUGUAUUCAAUAAAUCUCGCGUGCUAUCAACAUGUUGUUGCAGAAUAUACUCAUAUGUUGUAAGAAGUUUUAGCUUUGGCGAAGCCAGUUUUAUGAGAUCAAGCUGGCUUGUGAAUCCUCUAAGGUUAGCUUAAGAUUUCUAAGCUUAACCUUUUUCUGGACAGUUAGAUAUCUAACAUACUUGAUUUGUUGAGCUAGGAGUUGAGAAAACUGUGAGAUAUUGAGAGCAGUGUUGUCAAAGGCGCGCCUAAAGCGCGCUUAAGCCCUGAAGCGAGGCUCAAAACAUGUUGAGCGCUUCGCCUCGCUUCGUGAGAGCUUUAGUAUCGCAUCAAGGCUCUAAGGUAUACUUUUCCUUGUCAAUGAGUGUAAUCCUGAAAAGGCAACAGUAAACAAUUGAUAUUUCACUUUAUCGUAAAAAAAAAAUCAAUUUCUUUGUUCAUAUAUUUGUCAUUCAUACUUAUAAUUAUUUGUCUUGGACUACAUAUACAUGUUUUUACUUAUUCUCCAGUUGCGCCGAUUUUCAUUAAAGCCCACGCUUUAUCUGCGCUUUGCGCUUAAAGCCCCAACGGACCUUAGAGCUUUUUUGCGCUCUUCGCCUUUGAUAACACUGAUUGAGAGGUGAUAUUUAUUAAUGACAAACAAAUGUUGAUUGACUAGAAGCAUUCUUUAAAAACUAAGAGCUUUUUAAGAUGUCGAGUCUCAGCUCUUUAAAAGAAGCUAAGAAAACAAGAUAGAGCUAGAGCUAAAGAAAUAAGAGAGAGCUGAGAUCUUUUCAUCAAAUUAUCAAGUAAUCAAUAACUCUCGCCUCCCUUGUUUUCUCACAAUAUGAAUAGUACAUAAUAUGAGAAGGUUAGGCAGAGCCUAGUUCUAUGAGAUCAAGCCUGUCUUGCAAGCCCAAUGAGGUUGAAUUAUAAUUUCUAACCUAACUGUUUUUGGAUAAGUAUGAUUCUAACUUAUUUGAUUUCUUUAUUUUGUAUAUUAAUGGUGGCUGGGUUGGUUUGCACGACUAGUCCACCGGUUUCCUGCUAUUUCUCACCAACAUGAAUACCGGGUAACUUAACCUACCAAGAAUUAAAUAAAUGGGAAGAGUUCACCUUGUACGGCCUCCAUUGGGAUUCAAACUUUUGUUUGCAAGGUUGUUAUUUCACUCUUCAACUGGUGCUUGAAAGCUUGGUUCUCAAUGGGUGUUGGAUUUAGUCUUGCUGUGUUGGCUGCAGUUACUAUGAUUCUUUUGUAUGAAAUCGGCCAGAUACUGUGUCUCUAUUAUGGCAACACCCAGAUGAGCUAUGUUAUGAGUGGAUAUCUGUUUGGGUUUUCUUCUAUGAUAUCAGGCUUGACCAUCUCACUGGCUGACAUUGGAUAUCUGUGCAUAUCUUCCAUCAUAUCAGUUUCAGUGCAUGAACUUGGCCACGCUCUAGCUGCUGCAAGUGAGGGCAUACAGAUGGAGUACAUCGCUGUAUUUCUGGCUGCAUUAUUUCCAGGUGCUCUUGUGGCAUUCAAUCACGAGUUAUUGCUGGCAUUAUCCAAAGUUUCUGCUCUUCGUAUAUACUGUGCUGGCGUUUGGCAUAAUGCAGCUCUCUGUGCUGUUUGUGCUUGGGCGUUGCUCGUUCAACCCUUGGUCUUGUCUCCAUUUUACAUUCAUGAUGAAGGCCCCGUGGUGCUGGAUGUGUCUCCAACAUCGCCAUUGUCUGGCUAUUUAUCUCCUGGUGAUGUCAUAUUAUCAUUGGAUGGCGUCCGCAUCAAUAAUCUUCAGGAGUGGUCACAAAUGAUUGCUAUACUAACUGAGCACUAUCAAAACUCUCAGAAUCACAGCCUUCCUGGAAACUCUAUGAAAACAAGUGUUGGUAAAGGCUACUGUGUUCCCUAUUCUUUGAUUGAAGAGAGCAAGCAUAUUUCGUUGAAAGGCAAUGAAACUUCUUGCCCAGAUGAACUAAGUCCAUUUAUUACCAUUCCAUGCUUGGAUCAGGCCAUGCCUGAUGAUGAUAAUCUUGAGGUUAACCAUCAAAGGGAUGGAGGUGAACUCCACUGCUUAUAUGCAAUGGAUAUAUUAAACCUUGAGAAAUGUGGUGAUGACUGGGGUAGAAUUCGUAACAACAGGAGCAGCUGCUUGUGUUCCAAGGACAAAGCAUGCUUUGUUCCACUUUUGGAGACCGGUGUAGCAUGGGUGGAGAUAGCAUAUUCAAGUUCUCCUCUGCAAUGCUCGCAACUUGGGACAAUGCGUGUUGUUGACGAUGAUAAUUCAAGGGAGAACCCCUGUGUUAAGACUUUUGUUUUUGUGGGUGAUAUAAAUUCAAUGAAGCAUUCAGUUCUUUUGACUUCAUAUCAACCUCGUUGGUCCGCUAAAUUUGGUGCACAUCUUCCAUACGUACUGGAAAAGUUUUUGAUGUUCACCUUUAAUGUCUCUUUGACCCUUGCACUUCUCAACAGCCUGCCGGUGUAUUUCCUUGAUGGUGAGGCGAUCUCAGAGGUGAUUAUACACUACUCAAGGUUCCUAAGUUCUAGGAGGAGGAGAACCAUUCUUCAGUAUUUCCUGCUGGGUGGGACCGUUGCAUCUAUUCUUAUUAUCCUCGUUCAGGUUGAUGCAGGCGAUGCAAUUGUUCUUGACGUAAUGCAUGAAAUAGGGACGCUUCGAAGGCGGUCUUCAAAACUUUCUUCUACUAUUUACCAGAUCAGAAACACUUGGAAGAGAGCACUCACCUUGUAUUGUUAUCUCUCUCUAAGCCUAUGUAGAGGAAGUGCCUGUGGUGUAAAGGAAAGAAAGUAGAGAGGAGGUUUAGGAAGACAUUGGAGCAGUGUGGGAAAAGUUGGCGACACGAAUUGAGCCAAGGAGGGAUAAUUUUGUACUAUCUGUUUUCAAGCAUAGCUAGCGGAUACAAGGACAAUAUAUUUCUUGACUAAGUGAAUGCAGAUGGGUGCAAAAGACUACAUUUGUGCCAAUUUCACUUUCCUAAAUAUGAUGGUAUGGUGCACACAUUGAAUUGUCCAUAGGGGAUAGACUCAAAAAUGACAUUUGAGUAGAAGCUCUUAUUCUUCCCAAUGAUAUUUUAUCGAAGACAAGUUGUAAAAGAUUAUUCUAUAAUCAAAAUAAGGAAAUAG